CCUCCAGUAGCAUGCAUUCCAUGAAAGCAAAGACUUGCAUUGCUCUUAAAACUCUCCUGUCUUCCUCCUUUCCAUAUAUAUGGUUCAUUGAAUUUUUCUACAAGCAGGCAUUUUCAUACACCUGAAAUUCCAAUUUUGCCCUCGGGUUUCAGAGAAAAUGGCAGUAUCGGCAGAUGGCCGGAUUACGUUGUCAGCUGCUGGGCAGUUGAAUGGGAGUGGAGGGUUGGCAGGGAAGAACUGGAGGCUCGUGAAGUUCUGUAAUGGAGAGUUGAUGGGAAAGAAGAUGAAGAUGACACUUCUUCAUCAGGGGAUGAUCAAGAAGAGCAAUGUUAGGCCUCAUGUGUCCAUGUCUCUCACUGUUAAUGUUGCAGGUGAAGCCAAAUUGAGGAACCUAGAGAUGGAGAAAAGGGACCCGAGAACAGUUGUGGCAGUCAUACUGGGAGGUGGAGCCGGUACUCGCCUUUUUCCUCUCACCAAACGUCGUGCCAAACCUGCUGUCCCGAUUGGAGGAGCAUACAGGCUGAUUGAUGUGCCAAUGAGCAACUGCAUUAACAGUGGGAUCAACAAAGUUUACAUUCUCACUCAGUUCAACUCUACAUCGCUCAACAGACAUCUCGUUCGUGCAUAUAACCUUGGUGGUGGUGUCACCUUUGGAGAUGGCUUUGUUGAGGCUCUAGCAGCUACUCAAACUCAAGGUGAGACAGGUAAAAGGUGGUUCCAAGGUACAGCAGAUGCUGUGAGGCAGUUUCAUUGGCUUUUUGAGGAUGCAAGAAGCAAAGAUAUUGAAGAUGUGGUCAUUCUAUCAGGAGAUCACUUGUAUAGAAUGGACUAUAUGGACUUCGUUCACAAUCAUCGUCAAAGUGGUGCAGAUAUCACUUUAUCCUGUUUGCCAAUGGAUGACAGCCGCGCUUCAGAUUUUGGUUUGAUGAAGAUAGAUGGUAAAGGAAGGAUCCUUUCAUUCAAUGAAAAGCCCAAAGGAGCUGAUUUGAAGGCAAUGGCAGUAGAUACAACAGUUAUAGGACUACCAAGAGAAGAGGCUGAAAAGAAACCAUAUAUUGCUUCCAUGGGAGUCUAUGUCUUCAAGAAGGAGAUACUUCUCAAUCUUUUAAGAUGGCGCUUCCCGACUGCAAAUGACUUUGGAUCAGAGAUAAUUCCUGCCUCUGCCAAAGAGUUCUUCAUAAAGGCUUAUUUAUUUAACGAUUACUGGGAAGAUAUCGGCACAAUAAAAUCCUUUUUCGAAGCAAACCUUGCCCUUACUGCACAUCCCACAAGAUUUAGUUUCUAUGAUGCAAACAAGCCAAUGUAUACAUCAAGAAGAAACUUACCACCAUCAAAGAUUGAUAGCAGCAAGAUUGUUGAUUCAAUUGUAUCCCAUGGCAGUUUCUUAAAUAAUUGCUUUAUAGAGCACAGUGUUGUUGGCAUCAGAUCCCGGAUAAACUCCAAUGUCCACUUAAAGGACACAGUGAUGCUUGGUGCUGACUACUAUGAAACUGAUAAUGAAGUUGCAGCACUGGUAGCAGAGGGAAGAGUUCCUAUUGGAAUAGGAGAAAAUACAAAAAUCAAAAACUGCAUCAUUGACAAGAAUGCUAGAAUCGGAAAGAAUGUUGUUAUUGCAAACUCAGAGGUCAUUCAAGAGGCUGAUAGAUCCUCAGAAGGGUUUUAUAUUCGUUCAGGCAUUACCAUCAUACUAAAAAAUUCAACAAUCAAAGAUGGAUCUGUGAUAUGAUCAUAAGUACAGCUUCAUUUCCUCUAUUUUCUGGCUCAAUUAUAGAGGGAAAUAGAGAAUUUUCCAGAUAUGUGCAUUGUAUCUACCAAUGACAGCAAAGUUUGUAAAGAGCUUGAAAUACUAUCAAGUAAUACUAAUAUGCAUAUAUCCCUUAAUGUUUUGUAUUGAUGCAAAUUUUUUAAAUGACAAAUAUGGUUCUAUUCUUGAAA